UACUGCGAGCCAGAAGGGAUCGUUGCGCAAAACUACAGAUAAUAGAAAUAUGUCUACCUCCUCCUACAGAAAACGUUUUGGAGAUGUCAACCGGAGCAGCGCGUCCUCCAGCCGUCAGUUCUCAAGCUCCGUGCGCUCUCGGGUGUCUAUCGGCGUCUCCUCGGCUCCGGUGAUUUACGCGUCCAAGAGUUCCAGGGUUCGUAGCGCUUCGAUGGCACGACUGACCUCGGAGCACCACGACUUUAACCUCUCCGACGCCUUAAAUGCGGAAUUCAAGACGAAUCGCUUAAACGAAAAGGCGCAGAUGCAGUCUCUGAACGACCGGUUCGCCAGUUACAUCGAGAAAGUGCGUUUCCUGGAGCAGCAGAAUAAGAUUCUCACGGCGGAGCUGGAACAGUUGCGGGGCCAGAGAUCAUCCCGCAUCAUGGAUUUAUAUGAGGAGGAGAUGCGUGACCUGCGGCGACAGGUGGAUCAGCUAACCACGGAGAAAUCACGGGUGGAAGUGUCGAGAGACAAUCUCACAGACGACGUAGAGCGACUCAGAGAGAAACUACAGGAUGAGAUGCUUCAACGGGAAGAGGCAGAGAACAACAUGAAAAGUUUCAGACAGGAUGUGGACAAUGCUGCUCUUGCUCGAGUGGAUCUGGAAAGAAAGGUGGAGUCUCUACAAGAGGAACUCUCCUUCUUAAAAAAACUCCAUGAAGAGGAGCUGGCCGAGCUGCAGACACAGAUCCAGGGACAACAGGUACAGGUGGAUCUGGACCUGGCCAAACCUGAUCUGACAGCUGCUCUGAGAGACGUCAGACUGCAAUAUGAAAACAUGGCUACCAAAAACAUUCAGGAAUCUGAAGAGUGGUAUAAAUCAAAGUUUUCUGACCUGACGGAGGCAGCCAACAAGAAUAAUGAGGCCCUGCGAUUGGCCAAGCAGGAGGCCAAUGAGUAUCGCCGUCAGGUACAGGCACUCACCUGUGAGGUGGACGCCCUCAAGGGCACAAAUGAAUCUUUUGAGCGUCAGAUGAGGGAGAUGGAGAACAACUUUGCAAUGGAGUCUUCUAGUUUCCAGGAUAACAUUGUCCGACUGGAGGAGGACAUACACAGCAUGAAGGAUGAGAUGCAGAGACACCUGCGCGAGUACCAGGAUCUGCUCAAUGUCAAGAUGGCCCUGGAUAUCGAGAUCGCCACCUACAGGAAGCUUCUAGAAGGAGAAGAGAGCAGGAUUGCAACCCCUCUUCCAAACCUCUCAUCCUUUAAUCUGAGAGAAAUUAUGCUUGAGUCCAAGCCUUUUAUUGAAAGCACAUCUAAGAAAGUUGUUAUCAAGACUAUCGAGACCAGAGAUGGCCAGGUGAUCAACGAGUCUUCUCAGAACCAUGACGACCUGAGUGAAUGAAAGGAUCACCCACAGUCUUCACUGCAAGCAAGCAACUGCAGCACCUGUUGUAUUCCAUCUAACUUAAUCUAAACUGAACCACCUGCAAUUACCUGCUUCAAAGUGCAUUUAUCUGCCAAAAAAGAUGCCAAAUGUAUUUGAAGUGUAGUGCCGCUCAUAGCACGACAACAUGACCUUUAGUGUACUGUGACUCUUUCUUAACAUCUCAUUCUUUUAAUAUUUUCCAAGAAUUAUUUGUGAUCUAACAGAAUGUUGUAUGUGCAAAAUGGCUUAAUAAAACACCAUCA